AUGAGCAGCGAACACCAAUCCAACAAAGAGAACAUCUCUGUCGAUAAAUCCAAGAAAGACGCCAUGCUUUCGUUUGCGCCUGCGCCUAUCUUCAAAUGGGACUCGCAUCGUCCCUCAAUGUCUUCGCCACUGUCGUCCUCACCAACGCGCGCGCCCAGUUCCCCAAUCUCGCCUGAGAAAUUCAGCACCUCGUUCCAGCGCCAGACCCAAUCAUCGCCAAUUCCGGCGCCAAAGUUCAGAUUCGCAACGCGUCCCACAAGACCGAAUCCUCGCGUCCUCAGCAAGCGUGAGGAUGUCCAAGAGGUGCGGAGACGGAACUUCUUGGAGAGCGUCAAGAGGAAGAGCGAUGAUUCAAAGUGGGAGCGGAGGAAUAUUGAGGGCCAGUUUCUCAAGAAGAGCUACUACGAAGGUUUAGGCCAAUUGGCCCAGGACGCGCCUGAGCUAUCAGAGGCAGAUAUCCAGGAUGCUAUGUCAUUCUCCCGCCCACCGCAAAGCGACGACGCCAUCAUGAUGGACGAGCCACCAGAGGAAGAUGUCGACUAUGAGGCAAUGCUCGCGUCCUAUGAAGAGCAGCAGCAGCAGCCAGCGCAACAACCUACCUCGCCUGCAUCAUCCGAUGCAGACUACGACGAUAUCUUUGCCGAGCUCAUAGCACAGGAGCAGCGGUCACAUCACGACCAGACCAAUGUGGAACAGGGCGAUUACAUGGACGAAGAUAACAUCAUGUCGUACUAG